AUGGCAACCCAUAAGGCACAGAACCAUGACCUCUCGGCAAGCGCACUAUUCGGCGUGUCGCACAUCACAGCCGUUGUUACAGGCGGUGCAACAGGCAUCGGUCUGAUGAUCACUCAAGCUCUUCAAGCUAACGGCGCCAAAGUGUACAUCACUGGCCGUCGCAAGGAGGUUCUUGAGAAGACUCAGAAGAUGUAUAGCACAGGCCCUGGAAGUAUCCACAUUCUUCCUGGAGACGUGAGCCAGAAGGACGAGGCCGUCCGUUUGGCUGAGGAGAUAAGCCAGAAGGAGCCCAAUGGCAUUCAUCUGCUUGUGAACAAUGCCGGUAUCGCCAGGGACGAUGACACAAAGUUCUCCACAGUUGGAGAGCCCGACAUGACUGACCCGAAGGCCAUCUCUGAUCACUUCCUGAGGACCAAGCCCGAACAGUGGACAGAAACUCUACAGACAAACUUAACUGGUCCUUACUACAUGUCCAUGGCAUUCCUGCCACUGCUGGCUAAGGGUCGUGAAGUGACACCAGGCUACACAUCCCAGAUCGUCAACGUCUCAUCCAUCUCAGGAGCAAUGAAGGGCUCCAGCAUGGGACAGCCCAUCUACGCAACAUCCAAGGCAGCCCUCACACAUCUCAGCCGCAUACUCGCUACUCUCUGCAAAGAUGUAAAGGUCCGCGUCAACGUCAUUGCGCCGGGACUGUUCCCUAGUGAGAUGACGACUGGUGAAUCCGAUGAAGGCAACAAGAGCAACAUCACUAGGAAGGUGUCUAACGCAGCUGGACGACCUGGCAACGACACCGAUAUGGCCGCCACGAUCUUGUUCCUGGCUGGAAACGGUGGUCUGUUCUAUAAUGGCCAGAUUGUAUACCCCGAUGGAGGAUCUACUCUUAUCCAGCCGGCUACAGCGAACUAG